CACUUUAGAACUGAUUUUACAUAAAUAUUUUCUUAAAAAUCUUAUACAAUUUACCGUUUAUAUAAAAACCUGUGUAUUGAAUAUAUUUUUAGUAGAACUUACGAGAUAUGCAAAAUUAUUUUUGUUUUGUCCGCCCAAAAUCAGUGUUGUGAUCGCGGAGAGCAUUCAUUAUUAAGACACGCUGGCCCCAUCUCAUACGUGGAACCAUCAAAAGCUAAAGAAUGCAAAUAAAGCGGUCUAGGCUCCGAAUAUGAUGUCCCAUUCUGUGUUCAGAUCCCGUGGGGACGUAGCGCUAUAAGGCUUUUAGUAUGGCGCCGAUUAAGUUCGGUCUUUUCAAAGCCAGGAGUAGAGAGCAGCAGGAGCAACCGUCUACUGAAAAUCUUCUACAGUCAACCCAUAGUAUCAAUCAAGCUGGAACCCCUGAUUCACCAAUACCAUCGACCAGCAAGGGUCUAGUGGAGGAUUUGUCACCUCUGGACUUUGCUGUGUUGAACCUGGAUGAUGAUGAUGAUAUCAUAUCAGAACGAAGUAUAUCAAGGCGGAGCAGUCUUAGCAAAAUUGAAGAACCCGGUAUGAACUACCGUCAUUUCCACAACCCCUCCCUAACAUCAACAUCUACCCUCGACGAAAUCCACAUAUACGACGAACCAGCUACACACAUAGACGCCUCCACAUCCAACGACGCACACUCUUCACAAUUAGACAUAAACUCCUCACAGUUUGACAUUAACUCCUCACAAUUUGACAUUGACUCCUCACAAUAUGACAUAAACUACGACGCGUCAGAAUUCGACGCGUCAUCGAUCGCACCUAGCGAGGAUUUGUCCGUCUACUGUGCGAUGAUGAAGAAGCCGAAGAAAAGUAGGUCUAAGGAACAGCAGUUGAGGGACAUUGAUAUGUGGCAAGCGAGUAAUAUCGAUGUUAUGCAGAAUCUCCUAAACCGCAGCGGAACACUAGACGAACAAAUAAAAUGGGAGGCAAUUGCCACCGCGCGUGGUUUGUGUACGCUAACAGACAGUUGUACAUGCGACGACUGCACUGGGGCAAAAUACCUGGCUGGGAUCACCGAGGGGGACGGGGGGUUGGGUACGGCACCGCUUUUCAACGCCAUCAACGUGGGAUGUCAAAUACAAUAAGUUUACGACCUUCACUGACCAUAGACUUAUAUUUCUGUAUUUUAUUUCUCAGUACCCACUGCACUGGUCUUCUUCCACUAGCGGUAUGAACCAAACGGAACUAGAUUUGGCGUCAUGGGGUCAAAGGUCAUUUUUUAAGACGGUAUCAUAUAUGAAUAUUUUAGCUGGUAGCAUUCCGAUGGACGCACAGGCUGUCCUCCAUAUUGUGGGGAGGGGAGACAACUCUUAAGGACCCAUGGCCUCCUUGGACCUACAAUGCUCACUUAAGAUCCUUCUAGAUCGUACCAAUUCUAAAUAGGCCGGCGCUCGUGAACCCUCUGGUAUUGACAGUGGUAUCACUUGUUCUAUAUUUAGAAAAUGUCGGCGCCUCCUGGUGUGGUUUCUUAACAGGCAAGUAGAUUCUUAUAGACCGGCAUAAAUUUUUGGUUGGUGGGCUCAGUUUCCGCACUUAGACUAGCACUAGGUCCGUUGUGCGUAAAGUGCUGGCUGACUAAGCCAGAAGUCUCCUGGGCAACGUAGGCUUCACGGAGCGACCUCACUGCUCCGAGGAUUUCUGUCCGUUGGUUAGCCACAGCUUCGCAUUCACGCCUAGGACAAAAAGAUGUUUAUUAUGGCGACAAUUACGGGCCAUGUCCCGUUCCUGACGAUGUUUUCUUUUACAAUACGGCAUAUAUCAGUAUUAUUGACUGAUUCCUAUAGUUAUCUAUCGAUUCGAGUUAUAUCUUCUUCUGGUGUCACUUUAUUGCUAAAGGUUGGCUAUUAACAUCUUGAAUUGCCAGGUAUUUUGCGCUAGUAUAAAAAGCUGCUGUUGCCGGUCUACUCCAGUACAUUCCAUAACCAUGACCUGUUUGACCAGCCUGUCACUUGCCUAGAAUUUUGCCCAUCAUAAGCAGCGAAUCGUAUGGUGACGCAAAACAUGUUACAGGUGUCAUUUUCCGUAUUUUAACAGUCUGCAUAAACUUUCGUGUCUUUAUGAUUCGUUGGACUCUUUCAUUUGUCAUAAUGAUCUAAUCACCACAAUUUAGUAAUUUAGCGCUGCUGGGUCCAGAGAGGAUUUCAUCUCAGACUCCACCAGUUAAUGAAAUAGAUGAAAAAUUCCAGGUCUUCUUGUACGCUCUUGAUUUGGCAAAUUACAGUAUACGUAUUUUCUGAGCUUUUGUGGCUUCAGCGAGCGAGUAUCAUACUUGAGGUUCUAUCGAGCUCCGACUGUGCAUCAAUGGACUUUCUAUAUACGCAUUUAACAUUCUCUCAAUCGGUGAAGGAACAUAUCAUCAGGAAA